CAUCCUUAUGACAAAUGCUCAACCAACGGAGCUCAUAUCCCUUCCUUCGGAGCUCCUUUGCCAUCUUUUCACCUAUUUACCACAACGACAAUUGAUCACAGAAAUUCCACUGGUAUGCAGAAGGUUCAAUACGAUAUUAAACGAUGACAAAUUUUGGAGUAGAAGAAUUCGCACUGAGCAGAAAGUUCGUCUACCAGAUUGUGAACUCAAGCAUCCUGAGUAUGAACCAAAGAAAUCAUUUUACGCGAUGCAUCGACAGAGAGAUCGCUGGAGAGCAUGGGAGACGCAGACAGUUAUCACUGCUCCAGGACAUUCAGCUACAGUCGAUAGUGUGAUGCUUUUCGAGAAUAAUAAUAAGCAAUUCUGUCUAUCUGGAUCCAGAGAUCGAACUAUUCGUCUUUGGAGCAUUGAAAACGCUCGAAAUGGUGAAGAUACUGAACAAAAUCCAUGGACAGUGGCAAAAGAUGAUACAGCUCAUUCUGGAUGGAUUUGGAAUAUGGCUCAAGAGAGCACAUCAACAAAUUUCUACACAACAUCGUGGGAUUCAACUGUAAAAAGUUGGCACAUCACAGAUAAUGGAGCUCUUCAAAAUCUUAAUUCCGUGAAUGUUGGAUCUGCGGCCCAGUGUAUUUCUUGUUCUGGAAAUGAGAAUGAAGUUGUGUGCACAACAUUUGCGAAACGGGUCGCUGUCAUUGAUUCCAGAACAUUUCAAGUAGUCGCUGAUCACAAGCUGCACAAAAGAGCUGUAAUUGCUUUGGCUGUUCAAGGGGAUAAGAUUUUUACGAGUGGAGAAGAUAGACUUAUGAUGAUGGUAGAUCGACGAAAUUUCAGUAAACCUGUGCUUUUUGAAUAUUCUCCAACAGCAUAUAAAUCAUGUCUAUCGCUUCAAUGUAAUCAACUUCUAACAUCAACAUCCGAUGGAAAAGUCAAGUUGUAUGAUGCAAAUAAUUUCAACGUUUUGCAGACAUAUUCGGUCGGUUCCUAUACCCGUCAAUCAUUUUUGGAGCACGGAGCACACUUGAUUAUGGCGCGAAGUUUGAAGCGUAAUUACACAUUCAGUAUCUACAGCCCAGGAACACGUAGUCAGCAGUGGUGUGCUUCACAUGAAUUGGCCGCGGAGCCAGCCAAAUUUGAUUAUUCCCCAUCAUCGAGAACUCUGGCAAUUGGCAAUGGUGAUAGCUCAAUUCUGUUCUGUCUUCCAGCAUCGGCUCCGGAUCAAGAAAACUGAAUAUCUUCUCAAUUUCUGAACAUUUCCUUUGUGUAUAUACCAAAUAUCAUUGCCAUUUGAUAUGAUCUCUUCUGAAUCGAUAUCAUUUAACUUCAUAUUUUAUAGAUUUGCAUAAUUAUGAAAUGUUUUGGCCCCUU